UAUGCAGUGUUUCGAUUGGAAAUAACUCAAAGCCAGAAAGAAAACAGGACAUUGCGGAGGAAACUACAGCUACUGGAACUGAAGGUGGCACGGGAGCGCGCAGAGAGGACAAUGCGAGAGCGCGUCCUCGCCAGUCGUCCAAGUAGUGUCAAGAUCCUCGACCAAUACAGAGGGAUGGCAAGAGGACAUCUCACUGGAGGCCACAGGAGUUUUGUGAAGCCAGCGAGAGAAAACACAUGGAGAGAUGACCAACCAAUCACAGUUGAUGAGGGGAGUGGAACCUCAACCCAGCACGUUAUUGUGAUAGAGUCUGAAGAUGCAGAGGCUGCAGGUCCUGGAGGAUUGUCUCUGGUCAAGCAGGAGAGGACUGAAGGAGAGGAGGACCCACGACACACCAGAGACAUCCAGAUUGGAGCAGCGGCUGGAGUGGCGCCCCCUGUAGCCACGAAGGACCACACCGCCUCGCCCCAGCCCAGGACCAAAUGCAACAUUACAGAGGACAGUGGAACGCUGAACACUGUCCUCAAGUCAGAGAAAGACACAGAGACUUUAACUGUAACACAAAGGCUUUUACACACAGGAUCUGACCACAGGUCAGACUCAGAGAGAUUGGGGCUGGGGCCACUGGGCUGUCCUCCUGCUCCCAGCUCAGAGUAUUUACUUUACGGUAACCCGAGCCCAAGGACAGUUCAUUCCCAUCAGGACUCAGGUGACGCAUUAGAGACUGGCAAUGAUCCGUCUUGCUCUUACACUACAGAGAUAGAGCCUGGCAACAUGCCCUUGGGUUUAGAGACUCAUAAUAAUCUGUCUAGAGGGGACUGGAACCGGUACAGUAGUAGUGUAUACUCUGAAGGGUGCCUAGAUAAGAAAGAGGUGGUUAUAGUCGUAGAUGAGGUGAAAGUGGAGGGCGACGCUCCUCCCACAUGGAAUGUAGAUAGUCAUCUAGGAGACGGACACUCGCAGGGCAGUGAUUUCUUAGAUUACAGGGGAAGUUUAGGGACAAAUCUAAAUGUCGCCACCCACUCCCCUUUACACGCGUUCGGGGAUCGCGACCCAGUGUCCACGACGAUGGGGCCUUCCGAUUCACAUGGCAGCAUCCUUUUCGAUCAGGUAUUGAACUCAAAGGACCAAAGGGCCAAGGCUCAGGGUGGGGAAGCAACAUCAGACAAUAGUAAUGAGAAACGUUUCCUCUGCAUGUUCUGUAACAAAGGCUUCAGCUGCCUCCAGAAGGUGGAGAUCCACCAGAGGGUCCACACAGGGGUGAAACCAUUCAGCUGUACCCAGUGUCAUAUGCACUUCUCCCACUCGUCCAGCCUUAAGAGGCACCAGAGGGUGCACACAGGGGUGAAACCAUUCAGCUGUACCCAGUGUCACAUGCGCUUCGCCCAGGCUGGUGACUUGAAGAGGCACCAGAGGGUCCACACAGGGGAGAAACCCUAUAGCUGUACCCAGUGUCACAUGCGCUUCGCUCAGGCUGGCAACCUGAAGAUGCACCUGAAGGUCCACACGGGAGAGAGGCCGUUCGCCUGUACGGACUGCGGGAAGAGGUUCUCAGAGAGGAGCUACCUCAUGAUACACCAGCAGAAAAACCAUUCCACUCUAUAACAUAGAAAGUAAUCUUUCCACUCGUUAGACGUUUAGAUCAAACCCUGCAUUAAAGACAAAGAUACAUUUUAAUUGAUCCACAGAUGCAUUUGGAAUAACGAGAGUAACAGAUUUAAGUGUUGAAUAUUCCAGGGUAGAAUAUUGCAACCAUACAUAGGAGAUACAGUGCAUUCGGAAAGUAUUCAGACCCCUUGACUUUUUCCACAUUUUGUUAAG